GGGCCGGCGGCGGGGCCGCGGAAGGGCGCGGAGCGGUUCCGGGGCAGGUGUCGCCGGCGGCGGCGGCCUCCCGCGGGAUGAGCUCGGAGAGGGGGAACGUGUCGCGCACGCGGCCCCAGCGCUACCAGAACGCGCGCGCCUUCAGGAACGACAAGUACGACAAGAGCGCGCGACUCAAGAAAAUAAAUGCUAAGCUUCAUGAUGGAGUGUGCCAGCAUUGCAAAGGUGUCUUGGAGUGGCGAGUAAAAUUCAGCAAGUACAAACUGCUGUCACAGCCUAAAAAAUGUGUGAAGUGCCUCCAGAAGACUGUAAAAGAUCCUUACCAUAUGAUUUGUCGACCAUGCGCGGGUAAACUAGAAAUUUGUGCUAAAUGUGGAAAAGAAGAAGAAAUAGUAAUUCCGAUCGAUAAAGGAAAAGACAGAACUGAGAGUGUGACUAUGAAAAGUGGCCAGGAGAGCAGUGGAUUGGACAAUGAGCUGGAUUUUGAUACAAACUUCAGUAGUACAGACAGUGAUGAGGAUUCUGAUGUGCUUGAAGAACAACUUAAAAGUAUGAAUUUUGAAAGGACAGAGAUCUAAAAGGUUGAGUUUAUAUGAGAAACUACGCAGUCAGAAGUGGUAAACAACUGUUCAGAAGACCUGAUUUGACAUCUAAGGUCCUUGCGUAUAGAUGUUGCGUAUAGAUUGUACAAAUAAAUAUUUUUUUUAAUUGAGCAGAUUUACUUGUGAAAAGAUACAGAAAUUGAAUCUUUGAGCAUAGUUAUUUCUUGCAUACAUAUAACAACUUCCUGUUUCUCUAGAAUAAAGCCUCUUUGCGUAAUUGGUCUAAA